UUUGUCAGAUCAGUGAACGAAACUCCGGACUUUCUCGACUUCAAUUCUCCGACGCUUUGGGUUCAUUUUAGGGUUUCGUUUCUUCUUCUUCUUCUUCUUCUUCAAUUGCUGUGUAAAAUCAUGGCCGCCGCCGAUACCGCCGACGAGUCGUUGGACCGCCGUCGUGAUCAACAAGAGAAAUCGUCUGAGGAGCAACCUCAUUCCUCGCCUCCGCCGCAGUUGGCUGCUGCUGCUCCUCCUCCUCCUUCCAGAAGAAGGGAUAGAGAUGAGAGAGAUAGGAGAGACGACCGGGAUGUUGAUCGUCCUCCGAACCGACGCAACGAUAAUUACGAUCGUAAUCGCUCUCCGCCUACGCUGCCUCCGAGGGAUAGGGAUAGAGACAGAGAUAGGGAUUAUAAACGGCGGAACAGUCUUAGUCCCCCACCGCCUUACAGGGAUCGUAGACACUCGCCUCCUAGACGGUCUCCGCCACCUUUCAAGCGUUCCCGGAGAGAUGAUGGGGGUGGGUAUGAUGGAAGAAAGGGAAGCCCUAGAGGAGGUUUCGGGCCUGGCGAUAGGAGGUUUGGUUAUGAUUAUGGUGGGGGAUAUGAGCGCGAACUGCGAGGCCGGCCUGGAUAUGUUGAUGAAAGGUCUCUUGGUCGGUACAUUGGUCGUUCAUCUGGUGGCUAUCAAGAUUGGGAUUCUAGUCGUGGUGGGCAUGGUGAUCCACUCAAUGCAGGAGCUGGCCAAAGAGAAGGUUUGAUGACAUACAAGCAAUUUAUUCAAGAGCUUGAGGAUGAUAUACUGCCUGCAGAAGCUGAGCCCAGAUAUCAAGAAUACAAGUCUGAGUAUAUUACAACACAGAAACAAUCCUUUUUUGAUUCUCAUAAGGAUGAAGAAUGGUUGAAAGACAAAUAUCAUCCUACCAACCUAGUUACUGUCAUUGAAAGGAGGAAUGAACUUGCACAAAGAACUGCUAAGGAUUUUUUGAUUGACCUGCAAAGUGGAACACUGGAAUUAGGUCCAGGGAUCAAUGCAGCAGCUACAAAUAAAUCAGGGCAGACUAGUGAACCAAAUUCAGAUGAUGAAGCAGACAAUGAUGGCAAACGGAGGCGUCAUGGUAGAGGACCAGCAAAAGAAAUGGAUCUUCUUUCUGCUGCUCCUAAGGCCCACCCUGUUAGCUCUGAACCAAGAAGAAUCCAAAUUGACAUUGAACAAGCUCAAUCUCUUGUCCGUAAACUUGAUUCUGAGAAAGGAAUAGAAGAAAAUAUUUUAUGUGGUUCUGAUAGUGACAAACUAGGUCGGGAUAAAGCACAUGGCGGCUCUUCUGGCCCAGUCAUUAUCAUACGAGGGUUGACAACCGUUAAAGGCUUAGAGGGUGUUGAACUAUUAGACACACUUCUCACAUAUCUGUGGCGCAUCCAUGGCUUAGAUUACUAUGGAAUGGUUGAGACUAGAGAAGCUAAGGGUCUUCGUCAUGUAAGAGAAGAGGGAAAGAACUCUAACAUGGCUGGUGGUGCAGAUGAAUGGGAGAAGAAACUUGAUUCGCGUUGGCAAGAGAGAUUGAGAGGUCAAGAUCCGUUGGAAACGAUGACUGCCAAGGAUAAAAUAGAGGCUGCUGCUCUUGAAGCUUUUGAUCCAUAUGUUCGUAAGAUAAGAGAUGAGAAAUAUGGAUGGAAGUAUGGCUGUGGAGCCAAGGGUUGCACUAAGCUGUUUCAUGCUCCUGAGUUUGUGCACAAGCAUCUUAACUUGAAACAUCCAGAGCUUGUGAUGGAGCUGACUUCAAAAGUGCGUGAAGAGCUGUAUUUCCAAAAUUACAUGAAUGAUGCAGAUGCUCCUGGAGGGACGCCUGUUAUGCAACAAUCGCUUCCGAAGGAUAAGCCACAGAGACGUAGGAUGAAUUUAGAUGCUCGGCUGAAGGAUGACAGAGGCAAUCGCAGGGACCGUGAUAAUUGGGCGAAUGGGGGUGACAGAUUUGAUAGAUCUGAGAAUCCACAAUCAAAUGAUUUCCAAUCAGCAAAUGAUGGUUCGGAUGGUGGAAACCUUGAUGAUCCUAUGUUUGAUACUUUUGGUGGACAAGGAAGGCAUGUUGCUCCUUUUGCCUCUGAAAUGCCACCACCUGUGCUUAUGCCUGUUCCUGGUGCUGGUCCAUUAGGACCUUUUGUCCCUGCUCCACCUGAAGUUGCAAUGAGAAUGUUGCGGGAACAAGGAGGUCCACCUCCAUUUGAGGGUGGUGGUAGAAAUGGAAGGCCAGGACCUCAAUUAGGUGGAUCUGCUCCAAUUCUUGCCCUAUCUCCAGGUUUUCGACAGGAUCCUCGUCGAAUACGGAGUUAUCAAGACCUAGAUGCCCCUGAGGACGAAGUCACUGUAAUAGAUUAUAGAAGCUUGUAGAUAUAUUUGGUAUCGGCGAGUGUUUAGAGGCCUGCUCGUGUUUCCAAGGGGGGAUGCAACUCCGGAACUGGUAUGAAUUCAGACUAGUUGCUAAUUGAAAUUCUUGUUGCUGAAGAGGUUUGCUUUGUUUCACCCCAUCAUCAUAAAAACUGAACUACGAGUUGAUCGAUCACAUCCUAGCUCUGGGCAAGUACAAAUACUUCCAUGAGAAUUGUGCAUUCAUUUAACUGUUCUUUUUUCCCUACUCUGUAUUCUUAGUGAAGAAGGAAUUCGACCCGAAGGAAAGCGACAAAUUCCCCAUAUUUUGAAUCAUAGAACUUAUAAUCUUCUGAAGUUAGGAGUGUGCAUCCCCCCGUUUAGUUUCAUUUUCGUUUAUUAUAGUCGAUUUUUGUCAAGGGAAAACUAGUAGUAAAAUUGUGGAUAUUAUUAAAUCUUGUUAUUAUGAACUUUCUAACAGUAAAGAUCGUAAUGUUAGGAUGCUCUAUUGUUAUAUUCAGAGACUAUCCAGUUCCCAAGCA